CUGAUCCAUUUCCAGAAGCUGCUUUAGGAGCCAGCUGUCGGCUGGCAGACAUCUCCGCUGGCCUCCUGUUUGGACAUUAAAAGAGCCACUAAAGACAGUGGAGUGGACAAACAGGCCAAAGGGCCAAGGAGGAGUUCGUGAGAGAUGACCAGUCAUCAGAGCUGACCUCUUUGGAUCCCGUCCGGCAAGCGGCUGUCCUGGAGGACUGCGCAGACCAGCUGACCGUCCUGGGCUGCAUCAUGCCAGAGAACUAUGAGGGCAGGAAGGACAUCUGCAACCUCGAUCACCAGGAGAUCAGGGCCAUUCUUGAGACCCAGAAGGAGCUGAGCACUCAAUACAAGGACCUGAUGGAGGCCAGGUCAGAAAGCCAAGCCAAAGUCCCUAUUGAGCUGGGCAAGAUCAUGGACCUCGGGCGACAGCUAGAGGAAACCAGCAGUGACCUGAAGAGGUCCAACCACUUGUUCAACAUGGCCACGAAGCAAAGUGCCCUGUCUGCAGACAACCUCAAGAAGGCCCAAGCAGACAGGCAAUGGGCUCAGGAUGUGAUUUCGGCAACGAUGGACGAACUGCUGACGCUGGGAACCUUCACCAACCUGCAGCACGCCGUGGAUGUUGAAAAAGCCAAGAAGGAGGAUAUCCAUAACCUUAUCAUGAGUGAGAUGCUGGGAAGGAAGAAGAUCAAGAGCCUCCAGAAGCAGCUCAACGACAUCAUGAAGGAGAAGGAGUAUGAGAUGCAUAACCGGAAUGAGAUGAUUACGUACCUCAAAGACCAGCUGCAAGAGAUGAAGGCCAAGACGGAGAUGGAGUACCGCUACGUCAAGAAGGACAGGGGGCUCCAGGUGGCCCAAGUGCAGAAGAAAUGCGCCAAUGCCGAGAACGACUUGCAGAAUGAGAUUGACAAGCUGAGGAACCAAAUAGACCAAGAGACCCGGGUCCACAUGGACAUUGAGAAUUUCCUGAAGCAGCAGCAAGUGAGCAUAGAGGAGAAGCUGGAGUACUGGGUGGAGAAGUAUGAGAAGGACACUGAGGCCAAGCAGCAAGAACUCAACAGCCUGAAGGCCGCCAGAGCAGCUGACCAGGCAGCGCUACAGGAAGCGGCCCGGCUGUGCCUGGCCUAUGAGCAAGCCAUCAUUGAAGACCGCAAGGAGAAGGAGAGUGCUCGGAAGAAGGUAGAGCAAGAUGCUCUGGAGAUGAAGAGUAUCCUCAAGCUGCAGGCCUGGUGGAGAGGCAUGAUGGUCCGCAGGUUCCUGGGUCCUUACAAGCUCCUGAAGAAACUCUUCGAGGAAGAGCAACCGGUCCCACAGAAAGGGAAGAAGGGCAAAGGGAAGCCUGGAGCCAAAAAGAAGAAAUGAGCAGGACGAAGGACAGCAGCAGCAGCAGCACCGGAUUCACGUGUUGCCUUUGGGAAACCAUGUGGUUUGCGAGGGGGCAGCUGUAUGUAUUUAUUUACUUACCAAGGGACCAAAAAUAAAACGGUCAGCACUUA